AGCGGUUGGAGGCAGCUGAUGGUGAAGUCAUUCUGCGUUUACGCGACUCCAGCUCUUUGUGGGCUAUUUGUUACAGGUUUAAGUGACACUUCUCCAGAUGAAGGGUUAAUAGAGGACUUGACUGUAGAAGAUAAAGCUGUGGAGCAACUGGCAGAAGGAUUGCUUUCUCACUACCUGCCAGAUCUGCAGAGAUCAAAACAAGCCCUCCAGGAACUCACACAGAACCAAGUUGUAUUGUUAGACACACUGGAACAAGAGAUUUCAAAAUUUAAAGAAUGUCAUUCUAUGUUGGAUAUUAAUGCUUUGUUCGCAGAAGCUAAACACUAUCAUGCCAAGUUGGUGAACAUAAGAAAAGAAAUGUUGAUGCUUCACGAAAAGACAUCAAAAUUAAAAAAAAGAGCACUUAAACUGCAGCAGAAGAGGCAAAAAGAAGAGCUGGAAAGGGAGCAGCAGCGAGAGAAGGAAUUUGAAAGAGAAAAGCAGCUGACUGCCAAACCGGCGAAAAGGACAUGAACAGUUGAAUGUGUCUGUGUGUUCUUCCUUCCCCUGUUCCCACGUUCUCUGGAUUUAGGACGACUUAAGUGUAGACUGAAGUUAAGGUAGUGCCUUAUACCAUUGUGUCCUGAUUUGAAAUCCUUACCCCAGGAGUGCUGUCUCUAUGUUCAUUUUAGCCAUUUAAGAAGGUUUUUUUUGCCCCCCCUAAGUAAAAGACAAAAUGGUACUUGGUUGGAUAUUUAUGGGUAAUUUUUCAACUUCUGUUUUCCUUAAUUUAGAAAUUCAUUAUUUUGACCUUGAAUCAUUUAUGAACUGAAAAAUGGUUUGAUGGUUUUUAAUAGUCUGGACUUUAGUGGUUAAAAUUAGUAUUGGUGUUUUAGCUUCUUAAUAACUGUGGAUUUAAGUUCAGUUUCUUAUUUUAUGAAAUGACUUGCCUCUUUUGGAAGACAAUGCUGGUGUUUGGCCAUUGCCUUUUCAUUGCUUGGUUAAGAAGAAAUGCCACCUGUUUAAUCUGGAAAAGAGGUGGCAUAAGCCUUUGUGAAGAACAUGACAGAAAGGUGUGUACACAGUAAAUAAUAGCAUCUUAGAUACAGGCGAGUGAUUAAGAUGCCAGGUAGAUUUCACUAACCAUGCGCUCUGUCUGCUUCCUAGCGCUGUUGCUAUUUAGUUCUUAUGUAGCUUCUGGGUUCACAGUAGAUUGUACUUAUUCCUAAAGUUUGGCAGGGGUGGUGGUAGAGCUGCCACACACUCAAAUAUGCUUAAAUAUUUAUAAUACUUAGUAAGAGUAGUCGCACUCUGAGGUACAGUUGCCAAGCUGAUAAGAUAGCUCAACUUUCCAUAUGGAAGGUCUAAUCACUAGUUCUAUCUUCUGAUUUGCUGUGUGGUCCUACAUGUGGUUACCUUUUUUAUGCUUUUAAAAAAUUCUUAAAGUAAAAUGAUGGAUAACUAUCAAUUUUAUAGAUAAUGACAAGAAUUGUGGAAAAUUGGUAAAUAGCUUCUUCACAAAAGAGACAGCAUGAUACUGUUAGUGUUUUCUAAAUGUCCUUCCCCCAGUACUAUAAGUAGAAACUUAUGUGAGGAAAAUGUGAAGUUUCAUUGCUUAAAAUUGAGAGUAUAUUAUUUACUGUUUUAGUAUUCUUUAAUAUCCAGCUGGUCUCCAGUCUGUUACACAGAGACUAUACAGAAUCUGUAAAGGUGUGUGAUUAGAAUGUAUAUCUUUUAUAAUCUACAUUACAUUUUUGAUAAGCCGGAAUCAAUACCUCUGGUCAUAUAUCAGGAUAAUUAAUGAUGGAGAAGGCAUUAGAUUUAAGUUGCGGGCUAAGAACUUGUCCUUUUAAAGGUUUAAAUAGUUUGUUUGAAGGCCUUUUCCUUCUUUAAUGAAUGAAUGACCAUCUCACAGAUCACUUGACUUUGACCUUAUGUUUAAGAAUACAUUUUAUUUUAAAACGCUACCAGUUGCCCUCAAAUACUAGCUAAAACUGCCUAGGGCAGGAUUCAUUAGUGCUCACAGGACAGUGUUGCUUGGAUUGCUGAAUGUACUCAUUUAUAAUCUGACAAAGCUGUGCAUUUUUUCUCAGAGUGGCUUGUGGACCAGCUGCAAUGAUUAUUUAAAUGCUGGUUCCUGCACCACUGUCAAUCAAAAAUAGUUUCCUCAAGUGAUUCCAUGCACCUUAAAAGUUGAGAACCACUGGCCUAGCGGUCUAGGUCAGAGGCUCCCACACUUGACUGCAUAUCAUCAUUCACCUGGGAAAGAAACACCCAACAUUCAGGAAGAUUCUUACUCAUUAGUUCUAAGGCGGAGCCCAUGCAAAUUUUAAAGAGUUCUUCAUACUGAUCUACUUUUUUAGUGAUUCAUAUUUAUAAAGAGUGACGUAGUUUAAAAAUCCCACCCAGUAACUUGUGGGAUUAACCUUAUGAAUAAAUUCUGAACUGCUGCUUUUGAUAUAAAGUUAGGUUUAAGACUGAAGGAGACAGGCAGGAAAUAAAGAAAUCUGGUUAAUUAAUUGAACUUUUGUGACCUGUAUUAAAAUAAAUCAUGUUUAUUGAAUGAAUGACAAGGCGCAUAUGCUUUUAGAAUUGUAUUCUUAAACUUUUGAAGAUUUUAAAAAAUGCAAUUUUAAAAAAUAGCAUCUACUAUAUUUAGGUCAAUUGUAAAUCAGAAGUACUGUUACCUGGGUAAUUAAAAUGGAAAACUUUAGCUGUAUUUCAGUAGCACAGAAACAUAUCUUACUGACUAAACCUGAACAGAACCCUCUUGCAGUAUUUUUGCACAAAUAAUGAAUUGGUACUUGGGUUGAAAAAAAUUGCCUUUGUUUUUUUGGUUGAAAAAUAUUGCCUUUGUUUUGAAACUGUUUCCCAUGUACUGAACUGAGAUGAUGGGAGUUGAUUUUGGGUUUACUGUGGAGGAGGCGUCAUGCAGAUGUGCAUGUGUGGACUGUAACAUGGGUUGUGUCCUCAGUGAGUUUUUGGGUGGAUACAGUUUAUAAAUGUGACAGUUAUACACCCUCAUGCAUUUGUCUGAUUUUGAGCUUGUAAAAUGAGGUCUACUUUUUACGCAUUUAAUUAUAAAAAGCCUCUGAAUUA